AUGCUUAUAAUUUUUCUUAUUUCCCAAAAGCUAGACCCCACCACAAGUUUGAAGUGGGAAGAAAGCAGAAGCUCAUUGAAGGACAUCCCUACACUAGAUGAUUUCUUCCAAUUUCUAAAAAAUAGGGCAGAUGUAUUUGAGACAAUUAAAAGUAAACGUCGCAGUUCCAUAGAACCCUCACCAAAGGGUAAAAGGGAGUUUACUAAAUCCUUCUCAGCGACCAGUUCACCUUCUAAAUCUAAAGUUAAUUUUGUCUGUCCAGUUUGUAAAGGUAAACAUCGUAUUUACGAGUGCUUGACCUUCAAGAAUAAAUCUCCAGAAGAUAGAUCUGCACUCGUAUCUUCUCUAAAUCUUUGCCGGAAUUGCCUCCGCAAGGAUCACACCGUGGACCAGUGCCGCCUGCCUGGUGGUGGCUGUAAGACCUGUAACCAACGGCACAAUUCACUGAUCCACGUCAACGUCUCCGAAAGUGAAGAAGAACCAGCACUAGAGACUGUUACCAUGUCAUCCACGUCGGUGACUGAAGUUCUACUAUGCACCGCACUAGUUGAUUUGUUUAAUCCGACCACUAAUGAAAAGGUCACAGUGCGUGCUCUUCUUGACAGCGGAAGCCAGUCCUCAUUCUUGACCACAGCUGUCAAAAAAAGUCUUGGCUUACCUUCUCAAAAAAUCGAUACCAAGAUCAUUGGUAUCGGUGACACCAAACUAAAUGUUUUAUCAGAACGAUGUUUAGUCCACAUUAAAUCAAAACAUUCCUCUUUCAAUACGACUAUAUCUUCUUUAGUUUUGCCUAAGCUCACCGGUCAGCUGCCUAAGAUUUCCUUUGAUAUUACAAGAUUGAACAUUUCAAAUUUUCAGCUGGCGGAUCCAACAUUUAACAUUCCCUCUGAUAUUGAUGUUAUUCUGGGCGCAGAGCUGUUCUGGUGUAUCAUUGGCACUGAACAGCAUUCUCUUGGUGAGCAUUACCCUAUUUUGCGUAGCUCCAAGUUAGGAUGGCUAAUAGCUGGUCCUAUAUGCCCUAGUAAAAAGGCACAUAAAUAUAAGCCUACUCAAGAAACUUCUUGCAACUUAGUUAGUUGCGACUCAGAUUUAUCUAACGAAAUUACAAAAUUUUUGGAACUUGAAAAAGUGCCUACUAAGACCAUAUAUAAAGAAGAGGAGCAUCUUUGCGAACAGCAUUUUCUCCAAAACACUUACCGCUGUGAUGAUGGCCAUUUUUGCGUAAAAAUCCCGCUUCGUUGUGACAAGGAUUGCUUAGGGAGUUCUUAUGCAUUGGCAGGAAGAAGUAUUUUUAACCUUGAAGGGCGCUUCAAUAAACAGCCUUUACUCAAGCAAUCAUAUGUAGAAUUCAUGAGGGAGUAUGCAGACCUUAAGCAUUUAUCUGUGUACGACAAACCCCUAUCAGAAUCUUCAUUUUAUCUGCCUCAUCAUCCAGUUCUUCUGAAACUAACCAAUAAAUCGACUACAACUGAAAUUUCUGAACUUAAUUCCCAUGCCCCUACAUCACAGAAUCCAGCUUAUUUAGUUUCACGUGGUGUGCAGCCCUCUUGCGUGAAUCAAUGUGAGUUAUGGUGGCAUGGACCAACUUACCUUUUAGAACCAGAAGCGUCUUGGCCCGCACAAGAACAUAGAAUUAAAAACCUACCUGAAAUCAAAGCACUCGCAGUGGAGGCCCAGGAACCUUUCUUUGAUUUAACUAGAAUUUCAAGAUUUCCUAUUUUACAACGCAGUUAUGCCUGGGUGCUUCGAUGUAUCAAUGACGUAAGAAAGUCCAAAAAUAAGUUGACUGGUCCAUUGCAAGCUUCUGAACUUGAUAAUUCCAUGUGUGCUCCAGUGAAGAUUUCACAAGGUCAGUCUUUUGCAAACGGAUUGACACUUUUGUCUAACAAUAAACAGUUUAAAGCAAGUUCACUUCUAUCUUCAUUGGACACCGUUAUUGAUGCAAAGAGUAUACUCCGCGUAGGUGGCCAUCUUUCUAUGUCCGAUUUUAAUUACGACAAAAAAUGUCCAAUUUUAUUAUAUGCUGACAGUCAUCUAACUAAGAUUUUAUUUCAUAACGAGCGUGAUCGUCUAAAAUCUGGGGAGUUUCAAGACUCUGUACAAGACUUUGUAUCCAAACAGAAUAUUGAGUUUGAGUUCUCCCUCGUAUACGCUCUUAACUUCAGUGGUUUGUGGGAGGCCGGCACAAAGGCAACCAAAUUUCAUCCAAAAAGAGUAAUGUGCACAUCCAACUUAACUUUCGAGGAAUUAUCUUCAUUGUUUGCACAGGUUGAGUCAAUCCUCAACAGCCGGCCCCUCUGUCCUCUCAGUCCUUCCCCCAAUGAUCUCCAGUGUCUCACACCCGGGCACUUUCUGAUUGGCAGGCCACUCAUGUCCUUGCCGAGUCCACCUCUACAAGAAAUCAACACCAACCGACUCGACCGAUUUCAACGGCUGGAGCAGGCGCACCAGCACUUUUGGAAACGAUGGGCUAACGUUUAUGUGGCCGAACUACAAAAGCGCACGAAGUGGCGCACAAGGUGUACAACAUUGAAGGUACACGACCUAGUUUUGCUGAAGGAACCAAGCGCGCCACCACUCUGCUGGCGCCUUAGCAGAGUGACACAACUGCAUCCCAGCGCUGAUGACGUGCCCCGCGUUGCAGACAUCUCCACCGCUCAGGGCAUUGUGCGACGGGCCCUUAAUCGGAUCUGCCUGUUGCCAACUUCUUGCUCUUGAAAGAAUCUUUCAAGGGCCGGGAGGAUGUUCGCGCCGCUAGGAUGUGUGCGUACCUAUAUAUAUGUGUCGAGUGACGUGCCGCGUAUAAAGUGCUCAAAUGAGAACCCCGACAUUCGAAAUGCGGUCAGAUAGACAGCUACGCGCGGCCUGUGCGUCCACCAUGUUACCUAUUCUCAAUUCUGUACAGUAGUUACAAUAAAAUGCUUUUUAAACAA